AUGUCAUCAUCAUCAUCAAAACGAAAUUUCUAUGAAAUUUUAAAUGCAACACCUUCAGCCACCGUGGAAGAAUUAAAAAUUAAUUAUAAAAAUUUAAUUUUACAAUGUCAUCCCGAUAAAUUGCUGCAGCAACAACAACAGCAGCAAUGUAAUGAUGAUGUUGAAAGCAAAACAAAAACAAAAGUAAAUUUAGAAAUUGACCCGCAAUGCCAAGCCGCCGCCAAUGAUGGAGAAUUUGUGGCCAUUACCGAAGCAUGGAAUUGUCUUAAAGACCCCAUCAAGCGUAAACGUUACGAUGCUGAACUUUUGCUAAAUAAAUUUCAUACGCAUAACAAUAUCUAUGCCCACAUACAAUUGCAUGAAAUGAAAAAGUGUCCCAACACGGAGAUUGAACUCGUCGAACAGCAACAUUACGAUGAUGAUGACGACCAUGAUGAUGAUGGUGGUGCUGUCAAAGGAAUGGAAAGUGAUUGCCAUGAAUUGCCGCCACCGCCUUCCUCCUACAUUUAUACAUAUGAUUGCCGUUGUGGCGGUCAAUAUAUUGUUGAUGAGUCAGCCGAACAAUAUUGCCGUAAAGGCAAUAACACCACCGCCACCACCACCAACAACACUAGUAGUACGAGAAGUACUGGUGCCGUAGCCCCUGCCGAUGGUGGAGGAGUAAAAACCGAUACAAAAGAAACAACAGUAGAAGGCGGCGGCAGUGUCAAUGGUGGUGGUGGUGACGAACAAAACAACCACGACAACGACGACGAUGAUGAUGGUGAAUUGAUUGUUGAAUGCAGUGAAUGUUCUUUGGUGAUAAUUUUAAAUGGCUGA